UCAUUUAUCGCGAUCUGCGCAGUUGGGAUUCAGAAGCCGGUGCGAGUGUUACGCGCGUGGAAACUAAUGCGUCUGCUGUUUAGUGUUACCUUUUUUUCCUUCUCUUCUCGGAUGUUACUUUCUGCCAACAAUGUGGUGAAUUCAACAAGAGUGCGGAAUAAACAAGUGAAGUGACAUGUUAAAGCUGCGAAGACCUACGUGAUCUGUAAGCUGGACUUCUCUGCAGUUCAUUACGGGAACCCCCGUGCGAUGUUCGCGAUAUCCAAGCUCGUGAGCGCGGAGGACCGGGAGACGGGGGAGAUCCUCUUCGACCAGGAGACGGGCGAGACGAGCGUGCACCUCGACGCGGGCCCCCGCUGGCACGUCCAGGCGCUGGACGCCGAGACGGGCGAGCUGGUGCCGGAGCCCCCUGACGCGGACAGGAGGAGGAUCUUCCACGUGCCCAGGAGCGCCCUGCGGGACGCCCGGAGCCCCAAGAGGCGCGGCGCGUUGCGGGGGGGCCGUCGUCCCCCACACGUCACCGUCGUCUCCGCCACGCACCGGGACGACGACGGCGGAGAACCGGAGCUCCAGAACUUCUACAAGCGCGUGCACGCCACGUGCCUGCCGAUGCUGCUGCUGCUCAUGUUCCUGCCGGCGUGGGUGGCUGGCGCCUACUACCUCGCCGAGUGGAUCCUGCACGGCGUCGCCCACCACACGGACAGGAUCGGCUGCUUCCGGCUGUGCGACCCCUUGUGCUACUUCACGUCCAGCCUGUGCUCCAGCUGCCAGCAGCAGCACGCCGCCCGCAGGGUCAUCCAGAUGCAGGACAAGAGGAAGCUGCGGGCCAUCAACAAGAAGCUCGAGUACCUCAGCUACGUCAACACCGUCAUCAGCUGAACCGGGCCCGUCGUUGUCCUCCCGUCGUGACGUGUGGUAGCGCCUGAAUGGUGACGAGUGUAGUUGACUUACUACUCUUACCAAGAUACACAGAAGCUCGAGUACAUAAGUUGCGUCAACACCAUCACGAGUUGAACCAGCCCGUUGUAACUGGGUAGCACCUAAAUGGUAACGAGUGUAGUUGAAUGACUACUCUUACUAAGAUACACAGAAGCUCGAAUACAUCAAUUAUGUCAAUGUCAUCAUGAGUUGAACCAGCCUGUUGUAACCGGGUAGCUCCUAAAUGGUAAUGAGUGUAGUUGCAUGACUACUCGAACUAAGAUACACAGCAGCUGGAGUAAGUAAAUUGCGUCAACACCAUCACGAGUUGAAUCAGCCCGUUGUAACCGGGUAGCACCUGAAUGGUAAUGAGUGUAGUUGAAUUACUACUCUAUAAAGAUGCACAGAAGCUCGAGUACCUCAGAUGCGUCAACACGUUGAACUGUUUGUUGUGUCUUCCCGUUGUAACAUGGUAACGCAUAAAUUGUAGUGAUUUUAGUUCACUUCCUGCUCUACUAAGAUACACAGAAACUCGAAUACCUCGGUUACAUCAACAAGUCGUUGUGUUGUUCCAUGACAACGCGGUAAUGAGUGUAGUUGACUUACUAUUCUACUAAGAUAUACAGAAACUCAUGUACCUCAUUUACGUUAAUACAGUCAUCAUUUGAACCGAAUGUUCUGUCCUCUCAGUAUAAUUUGACAGCGCAUAAAUGAUCAUCAGUGUAGUUUAAUUACUACUCUGUUAAGAUACACCGAAAGUUUGACUGUGUUUGUCUGUGCUAUCAUGUUGUCCAUAGCACCUGUUUAGUUUCAUAAUUGGAUCCUUCUGUUUGCUGUGUUUUCCAGGGGUUUCUUAUUUAGCUUUCUUGAAUUUUUUCCAUGACGUACAGUGCAAUACUGCAGUGGCGUAUGUCCAAAGAAUUGUAGCUAGUUAUGGCUUAUGGCUAGCCACCAAUAUAUUUAAAUCUGACAGUACAGACAGAAGCCCAUUUAAAAUAUCUCUGGUUUGUACUUUUUUUUUUUUUUUUUUUUUUUUUUUGCUUUUCCAAAAGGACUGCAAAGUACCAGGAUUCCCACAGACAAGGGAAAUUCUAGGAAAAAAAAAAAAAGAAGGUAUAACUUAGGUAUUCAAAAAGAAUGUCUAAAAAACUUGAAAAAAAAAACAAAACAAAACAGAUAUUGGCGAUACCUAAGUUACAAAACAGUAUCAGUAAGGUUUGAUACUAUGUACCAUUAGGUUUGUGUAACAUCAUAGAAUUUAUGUAUGGUUAGUGAUCCGUAUCAGAAUUUUACAGUCGUGCUCACAGGUGAACAAAACAAUUGUGUAUUAUGUAAUAUAAAGCACGACAAAUAUCUAUAGUGUUUCGCAUGAUCACAAUCGGUAAUGUAUCGUUUCAUAGCUUGAUCAAGAAAUGUAUUGGUUUAAUUUUUCAGACUGGCGGUGUUGGUGAUAUAGUGCUUAUAUAAAAGAUAACGGUGCAAACAGUAUAUUGUGUAGGAAAAAAUAGAUGAUCAUAUGUUGUAUUUAUGUUUAUUGAAACAUGUUUUAAUAAUAUACAUUAUGACUGGUCAUCGUAUUGUCCUCGGACAAUGUAAAAUGUGUUUCAAGUUGACAGGGAAAUAAAAGGUAAAACUCAAGAGAAAUUAAUUGUUACUGUACAAAAGCAUGUUUAAUAUUAUCACUUUUAUAAAGAAAUCAAAAAAAAAAAAUAUAUAUAUAUAUAUAUAUUACAAACUACACUCAAAUAUAGACAAUUGUGUAGUGAUGGUUAAAGAAUAAAGCCCCAUGUUUCUUUUUCACAACAGUGCUUUGCAUUACUUUUUUAAAUGAAUCUAAAAGAAACUAAAAUGGGAGCAGUGCAUGACUCGAGAAAUGUCGACAAUGUACAGUGCAACAGGACUUUUGAAACAUUGUGACAGUACCUUUGAAAGUAACAAAAAAUUGUAGAUAGAAACAAUUUUAACUUUCGUACGAUCUUGAAAUAUUUGGUGUACGGUACCAAAUUGCAACAAUUUAAAACAAAAUCCUAACAUACAUUGGUUGUUGUACUUGACGAAUAGUGUCGUGAUAUGUGCAGGUGAUGGAAAUCAUUCUACAUUUGAUUUUAACAGAAAUUAAAAACUGCAUCGGCCGAAGGCAGAACUCUCCUACAGAGUUCAGAGAAUGGUGGAAAAAAUUCAUGCCGAAAUUUUCUCUGCUAUACUUGACUAUCAAAAUGCUCACUGGAAAAGUUAUCAUGUUAACAAACUCAUAUUUUAUGUUCAUACCAGUGGCUAACAUACAUUAUGAGACUGGCAAUAUGUAUUAUCUUGUAAAAUAUCUACUUGCAAUUAGUUUGAACGUUUCAGACAUGUUACAAAAUUUUAUUUUUAAGAGAUUAAUUUUAAGAAGUUUUGUGCAUCUAAUGGAAUGUUUUGUCCACCAAAAUGAAUUACAAUUCAUACUGUAUUAAGCAAAUGACAGGUGAAUGAUUUACAGAAUAACUUUUUUUAAACGUAAAAUACAGCAACAACAUUGUAAAUGUGAUGAGAGUACAUACUUCUAACUUCUGUAGAUGUAAAAAAAAAAACUAAAAUUAUGAAAGAUGUUUAAAAUAUGAGAUUAAGUAAAAUGUUGUAUUGCAGCUGUUAUAGAGUAAGCAUCGCAGAGGUGAUGGUGUUGAAUUUCUAUUUUUUUUUUUUCAAGUUAAUAAAUGUUGUGUUAAAAAUA